AGCAUGAGUGAAGGAGGCUUUGUUGCGAUAUAGGAAGCCGAUUCUAAAUUGAACUCUGAUUUAACUCUGUACUCUGUGUCACCAGGUACCAACGUGUCCAGACUGCGCUGACCAACCAGAGGUCAUCGCUGCAGGACACCAGGAUGCUGACAGAGUUUCUGGAGAGGGUGGAGCUAGAGGAGAGGGUGGAGCUAGAGGAGACCCAGGAGGCCAGGGGGUGGGGCUACAGCAGUAACCUUGGACAGCCUCUCCACAGUGAGAUCAGCUCAGCUCUUUCCCUGCUGGGUGAUGGGGGUGGAAGCGAUGGUGGGGAGCCCCUGAAGGAGCCGCUGGGAAACCCUGUAGAGGAGCUGCGGGAGGCAGUGGAGAUGUUGAAUGACACGGUCAGAGAGAGAGGACGAUCACAGAAUCACAUCCAUGAUCAAGCCAUCCAGACUAUGAUCCGACAGGUAGGAUGGCCCAGAGGGUUGACAGGUUCUGGUAUUGUGAAGGUCCAGCCAUGAUCAAGCCAU